AUGUCCAUCGUGAAGAUCCACGCGCGGGAGAUCCUCGACUCCCGGGGGAACCCCACGGUGGAGGUGGACCUGCACACGGCCAAGGGCUGCUUCCGGGCCGCCGUCCCCAGCGGCGCCUCCACGGGGAUCCAUGAAGCUCUGGAGCUCCGCGAUGGCGACAAGAGCCGCUACCUGGGCAAAGGUGUGCUCAAGGCGGUGGAGCACGUCAACAAGAUCAUCGGACCCGCCUUGGUGGAGAAGAAAAUCAGCGUAGUGGAGCAGGAGAAGAUCGACAAGCUCAUGAUCGACAUGGACGGCACCGAGAACAAAUCCAAGUUCGGGGCCAACGCCAUCCUGGGGGUGUCGCUGGCCGUCUGCAAGGCCGGGGCGGCCGAGAAGGGCGUCCCGCUCUACCGGCACAUCGCUGACCUGGCCGGCAACACCGACCUCAUCCUGCCCGUGCCGGCCUUCAACGUCAUCAACGGCGGGUCGCACGCGGGGAACAAGCUGGCCAUGCAGGAGUUCAUGAUCCUGCCGGUGGGCGCCGCGUCCUUCCGGGAGGCCAUGCGCAUCGGCGCCGAGGUCUACCACAGCCUCAAGGGCGUCAUCAAGAGCAAGUACGGCAAGGACGCCACCAACGUGGGCGACGAGGGCGGCUUCGCCCCCAACAUCCUGGAGAACCACGAAG